AUGUGGUAUGUCACAGUCACUGUCCUCACUACUCCCGCUAACUCUCCUUCAAUCUAUUCCUCUCUCCUUGACACUACCAUCUCCGUUGUUGAUCUUCCUUUCCCGAUGAACAUCCCUGGUGUUCCUCCUGGGAUCAAAAGCAUUGAUAAACUACUCUCCAUGUCUUUCUUUGUUCCCUUUGUCACCGCCACCAAGCUCAUCCAACCCCACUUCAAACAAGUAAUCGAGUCCUUCCCGACUAUUCACUGCAUCAUCUCGGAUGGGUUUCUAGGCUGGACUCAGCAGUCCGCAGACAAACUAGGAAUUCCUAGAGUUCUUUUUUAUGGUAAGAGCAACUAUGCUUUGACCUUGUCUUCAAUAAUGCUUCGAGAAAAGCCACAUGUGAUGGUGAGUUCGGUCGAUGAGGUCUUCUCUGUUCCGGGGCUCCCUUGGGUGAAGCUCACAACCAACGACUUUGAGCGACCCCUCAAUGAACUUGAACCCAAGGGUGCACUCUUCGACUUAGUGGCGGAAACAAGCGCAGCUGCGUUUAAGAGUCAUGGCAUACUGGUCAACGACUUCUACGAGCUGGAACCAAGGUUCAAUGAUUACUAG